AUGAAAGAGAAUGCUUACAGUGCUUGCAACACAAAGGUGAACACCAGUGAUCAGAAUGCUGAUCGAACGACUAUGUUCUCCGAACAUCAAUUAGUCUUGCUUUGCUAUGCUACCUUAAAGGCACAACACGAAAUUGAUGAUGUUAAGAUCUCUCCAAGAAAAGAUAUGGCUAGAGAUGUAGAUCACGAGUGCGGUUGUGAUCAAGCUCAGUUUCCCCUAAUUGCUCCAAAAGACAGCGUGAAAAACGGCCUCACGGAUCGAAUUUUUCAACGAGACACACAAGAACGUGUGAAGUAUGCGGGCGCACGCAUGAACAUCUGUAAGCGAGCAAACAAUUAA